CUCAUCUUCAAAUCCGGUUUUCUUAGAACCGUCUAACCGAAGGUGUUUUCCAACUGUUUAUAUGAUCGAUCUCGACCGGACCCGAUUGAACCGGCGGACUGGAUACAGAUUUGACAACCUUUUGUCCUUGUAGCACCGACGAUUGUGUAUAAAGAUCUAAAAACAUAACAAUGGCGUUUCCUCUCCCCUCCAAAUCUGGACAUUCAUGACAUGUGAAGCCCCAUAUGAAGAACAACCUAAAGUACCCAUUCAAAAAAAGGGACAACACAGAAACACAAAACAGAGAAACAGAGGGGUGGAAUUAGUGAUCUCCAAUUCUCCACCACCACCCAACUUAAUUGCCCUGCCUGUGUCUCAGGAACCGGAUAUACUUAGCUAGCCCCAUUUCUUCUUCUUCUUCUUCGAUCACUUCCUCCCCCAUCUGUCCCUUUCCAUGUCGCAACCCUACUGCCAGUUUUUUUCACUGACAAGGCUGGAGGCAGAAAACAGAGCAAUGGCCAGCAUGUUGAGGACAUUGUGGUUGGGGCUUUUGAUCUGUUUGUAGGACACUGUCCCCUGAGUUGUUCGGGUGGUAAAUAAAUUGUCCCUCAAACUUACACCCCUCCAUCCAGAUUACAAAGGAGGAAGGAUUGUAAAAUCGUAUAGGAAGUUGUAUCUGAAAAGUUAAUGGUAGAUUAUCAGUGACGGUGGGAGGCGGAGAGGAGUACCGUUCUAGGACUCCAUUUGACAACAAAACCCUUUAAAUACACAGAGCAUAGAAAAGUUUAGUACCCAGUACUCUCGUCGAUGUUAGCUCAUUUAAGGAUCUCAAUCAACUCAAAAGUACAUUAGAUAGACAGGUAAUAGUGUCAUUGAAUUUUAAAAACCCCAGUGUUCCCAAAAUUUGGCUACGCUACUGUAUAUGAUAUUUUGACCUUAAAUCGUGGUUCAAAUUUAUCAAAUAUAAAAAAAUUACUUCCCAACUUUAACACCGAUUGAUAGUUUUUUUUUUCUUUCAAUUGAAUUGACGGUAUAGUACGAUUUUGCAAACACUACUCCCCUUCUUAAUUUGGGCUUUCAAGUGUGGGGGAGUGAGGUGGGUAGGGCUUCUACCCUUGUGGAGGGACAGCCAGGGGCACCAUGAUUUCCGAAAGCCCUAUUUUGUCACUAAACGCGUGGAUGGAUUUGUAGGUUUGUACCAAUUUUGAAAAAACCACCCUAAUUGUCCAAAACACGUAUAAGAUAGGAUGAUAGUGCACUUCACAACUGCAAUAACAUUGACUAUUGUUAAAAUGAGUACUUUAUUAGUAUAUGAUAUUCUUCAUUUUGGCUCAAGCAAGGUACGUUUUAGUUUUAUUCCCAACAGAUUCCAUACUAAUCAGGAACUUUCUUGUACUCUCCUCGGCGACGAUUAUCUUGAUAUGCCAAACACCAUGUAUCGACCGGACUUCCGAUACAAGGAUUGACCAGAUGCAUGCAUGUCUCCCCAGAUAGAUUACAAGACGCGAAUCUUUCCUAAUCCGCCAGACAAAUAACCUACCUCAAAUCUAUUAGGACACUAAAUGAGGGUCCACCAAACUGACAUCCACUGCUCCAGAAUCGUAGUCCAAAACGAGCUAUGAUAUCGCAUAUUGAAAUUGGUGCUCAAUUAGUACGAUAUUAUCUUAUUUGACCCAAAUCUACACGAUUUUAAUUUUGGGUUCCUUCCCAAAAUGACCCCGUACUUAACAGGCUAUGAAAAAAAUACAAUAAUCUUUUCCCUUAUUUUUCUUAUGUGAUACUUGAAUUAUACUAUAAUAGUUACCAUUAUGAUUGCGUCGUAGUCGUAAUGCUACAAAACAACAAUGACUACUACAACGGCUAAAAGCCUAAAACUAUGACUAUACAACAAAGUGACAUAGUAAUAGGAGUUUCGAACCGGGUAACUUAUUUGUGAAUGCUUCAUUUUCCUAACAUUGACUUAAUAACUUACAUCUAUCCGAAUGAUUCAUUCAUUCACUCCUCUUUGAACCCAAAGAAGGACCCAUCCGCUGAAGAACAAGCGAGAAGGAAGCAAUUGAUGAAGAAAGCCAAUUCAUAUGGUAGGACCACGAAUCGUGACAAGAUCGGUUUAGAGGUACAGUAACAAAGAUCGUUGAAUACUUGUUAUGCUAUCAUCUGGUGAAAUCUCGCGUGAGUUUUGAUCAAAGAUUGAUACGUAGUUUCGACACGAUCGUGUUCGACGAGUGUCACAGAUGGUAUGUGACACAAUAUUGGAGGAAAGUAAAGGAGGGAAGAACACAAAACAAAAGAUACAACAUUGCAAAGAGGAUUGUGGGAUUGUUGGAUAGGGACAUAAAAGUGGGGGGAUAGAGGCAUAAAUAAUAGGAAGGGGAAGAUGGGAAGCAAAGUGUCCUUGUCUAUGAUCCCUCCAACCCACCAUUCUUGCACAUAUGUUCAAAUACUCUGAAUGUGCAUUAAUGCCUAGCUACAAUUUUCUACAAUUUUCUGCUACAGCCUAUACCUAAGCCACUUUCCCUAGGUCCAUUUCUCCUCUGAUUUCAUGGAUUAUGAAGUCCAACCCUAUCAAGUAUUGCGGAGCGUUACUCAUUAUUCGAUAUGAAUCGGCCUUAUCGAACUCGAUGUUCCAUUGAAGAUAGCUAAGCUAGUUUCUCUGCGACCACGUUACAUCCGCCUUUCCUUGAUUUCAUGGAUUCUCAAUUCAACCUUUCAGAGUGUUAUGAACUGUUACUCGACCGAUUUGAAUCCUCGCAUAGCAAUGAAAGAAGUUCCAUUUAAGAUAACAAGUCAACGAUAAGAAGAUAUACGAAAAUAAUAAUAGUAACGAUGUUAUCAAUACGGAUACUAUUUCACGAAGUGAUGACAUAUCUAAGAGCAUAUGGGUGUGUUUUCAUGUCGACUAAUGGGAUGACAAUGAAUUGAUAGCUAUAUGGAUUGGCGGCUGGCAGAAGCUAUAUAUUUGUGAUUGCCCUAAUUCUUGUGGUGUAAUGGUGGUGGGCUUUAUCUAGUUGGGUAGGUUUCUCUUCGCUUCUCUCUUGUUACAUUUUUCAUUCCCACUUGGGAUAAAAUUGGUGGGUCUUGACGAGCUUCAAUCAUACAUGAAAUCGGUUUCCUAUGGAAGAAAAUCGGUCGAUGAUUGCAUGUUAAAGAUAUAUAGCUUCGAUGGAUGGAAAAUUGUUCGAGAAAUAUUGCUAGUGUCCUUCACUUGGAGGGUUCACGCAACGGUAUGAAUUUGGGAAGAGUUCAUGGCCGGCGAUGGUCGAUAUGAUGAUGCCCUUUUGGAAGCAUUAUAGGUACGUUGAUGAUCGAUAUUCAAUCCUUUCUUCUUCAUCCUUUUUAAUAUAUGAGAUUUGGAUGCGAGUAAGGGGUUGGUUGAGCGGUAAUUCUACUGAUUUUGAACUUGUUGGUCGUAGGUUCGAAUCCCCCAAGUAGAAGAGGCUAGCCAAGCUUGAUAGGGUUUGAGACUGAGGGUUGUCUCCUUUGAUCAAUCCCCACUCAACCAAACAACGACGGGCACUUGUCAAACAAAUACUCGGUCCAGGGUCCACAUACUUGAAGAGAAAUCGUUAGAAGUCUUCUCGAGAUAUGCACAUAUCGAACAAUGGGAUGGUAGAAUGAUAUGGAUAUACUUAGUUAUUGAGAAUUCCAUUUGCAUCGAGAUUAAAUCACUUAAACCUUAGUAAGUAGGUACAUCCAAAAAAAUAUGUGAAACAAAAUUACUUUGCUGAGUGAUAACAACUGAAUCUUCACUCGACCCCAACUCACAUACAAAUAUUUAAAGCAAAUUUCAGCAUCACACAACUCCGAACCAGCCAACACAAACUGCCAUCGAUAUCCACUUAAACCGGGUAUGAUCAUAACACGAUGGAAGGAGCAAUCCUUGGUAUUGAAGUCCAACAAGAAUAAAAAAAAAAAAAAGACAAUACUAGGGACAACAAUGUAUGACCAUGAAGUCAUGUUGGGCUCAUUUCACAUGCUAACAAAAAAUGUAGAGGGAGAGAUAUAUGAGUAGGGGGAAAAGAGAGGUUUUGGAAUGAUACAAGACAACUAUAAUCUAAUUAUAAUUUGAUGGAAUAAAAAGGGAGAGUUUACAUGGCCAUUGGGGAGUGGAGUGAGACAUGGAAUGGAGACAAAGCUAAGCAUGGUUUUAAAGGGACAAAACAUAUGCCCAUGAAAUAGUGUGCAUGCUUUGUGCUUUGUUCUUAAUCCCCCUCCAUUUAUAUUUCUUAAUUCUUAAAACCCUACUUACUUAAAACUAAACCCUAAAUCCCAUCCCAUACUUAAAAAGAAGAGAUAAAGAUCAUCCCUUUAAGUUUAACUAAUGCUUCACAUGCAAAGAAGUGAAGAACCAAGAAAGGUGAGAAAAAGGAAUGAGAAAGAAGUGUGUUCUUGGGGAAGGCAAAGCAAAGCAGAGCAGUAAAAAAAAAUUGGAACUUUUUUGUUACCUGUUCUUUUCCAUUUCCUGUUUUUUUUUACUGUAAAAAGUUUCUGACUGUUAAAGUGAAAACUGAAAACACUUAGCCCUCGAUUCGCGAGGGAAGGAUUGGAUUGGACAGCCCAAUUGUAUUGUGUAAUUGUAUGGUCUCUGCCCUCUCCAGUCAUCCAGCUGCUGCUCUGCUCUGCUCUGCUAUGCUGCUAUAUAUAUAUAUAUAUUGCUUUCAUGUGGGAUUCUCUCUUCUUUUAUCUUUACUGCCACUCUUCUGAUGAGGUUGUUAUCUUUGUACCCUUUUUCUCCAGUACUGCCUCCUUGGUUAUCUUGUCCGCAUUGCAAAGUUAAGGAGGUUAAAAAUAUUGUUGAUCUAGGUAUUGGAGAGACAUGAUUCAGCUAACGAUCGGUCGGUUUCGGUUUACUCGAGCGACGAGGGAACGAAAGACUGCAUUCUUUCCACGGUGAUUUGAGGGUACAUUGCGUGGAAAUAGGGACUUUCGAUCACGCGUGGUAGGUAUACAAACAGUGUGUUACGAAAGUCCCGUGGAUGGAUUGAUUGAAAGAGAGCGUGCAUGAGAAUUCAACGAUCCGAUCGUGCAUUGCAUGAGGAACCAUGUUCUUGGGGGGUGUUGAUGUUAGAAAGUGGUAUAUGAUCUUUAAUUGAACAUCUCUCAAUAACUUGAGUUAUUGGGAUCACAACUAGUUCAAACUUCAAACUCCUACAUAGUGAUUUUCAUUUGAGGGGUAUGGUAGCAGGGGCGGACCCAGGGGUAUUUAGGGUCGCCCGAGACACCCCUAAAUUUUGGUAGAUCGAUUAUCCAACCUCCGGUGAUAAUUUACGUAUAGACAAAAAAAUAUAUAUAAUUUGUGCUACAACUUUUUUGUUGUUAUAUUCUAAAUACUAUGUAAUAGCAAAACCCUAUUCUCUAUCUUUAAUUAUUUUCAAAACCUAACAAUUAAUCUAAUUAAAAGCUACCCUUAAUUUGUAUUGAUUUUAUGGUUGUACGACAAGUGUUGUGUUUUUUUUCAGCUUUGAGUUACAUCAUGAACAAAUUUAGAAGUCAAAUAUGCGCCAGUUUGUGAAUGAUUGUCUAGUUGGAUAUACCGAGACAGAUUUGUUGAGCAGUGUAGACACAAAAUAUAUUUUAUACUUUUUUUAGAAUAUGAAAAUACAUCAUUACCUUUUUUAAUUUGUACUAGUUGGGUUUUUUUUUAAUUUAAGAAUUAUAUAUUUUUUAUUAAUUAUUUUAUUUUUUUGAAAUAAAACACCGUAUGUAAAAUUUCUGGGCUUGCCACUAUACAAUAAUAAGUUAUAUAUAUAUAUAUAUAUAUAUAUAUAUAUAUUUCAGAAUAAAUAUUUAAAAAAAAUCAAGUUAUUGAAAUCAACUCAUUCCGCGAAGAGAUUUUGAUCAAUGAAUAGUUUCUCUCUAUUGCGGGUGGGCAAAUAUAGGCAGUUGUGGCUGUCGCAAAGGGUGGAGUGACUAAGUGAGUGACUUUGUGAUUUUGAUGUAACAAAAGAGUUUCCUCUAAGUGGACAAAAAAAAAAGACCUGGUAGGCAAAUGAUUGGUUGACACAUGGCAACCUAUGAUUUGACAUUCCCUUAUACGCAAAUCCCAAAGGAUAUAGUGUUACGUAUGGGUCAAUGACCGUUUAGGUCCCUCUACUAUAGUACUUUUAGCAAAUCAACCCCUCAACUUCUAGCCCUUUCACUAUUUUCUUUAUGACCAAAAUGUCCCUAAAAAAAACAUGUGAUCAAUCGAAAGUUGUUCUCCGUUUUCAAAAUAACCAUUGUCUUUAAAUGCUCUCAAAUUCGGAUUUCCUAGAGUCUCGGACAAACGAGUCGCUCCUUCAAUACGCAAAUGAAUUUGUCAUGUUAGAUGUAAAAGACUGAAGUCGAGAUUAGUUAUCAAGGUUGCAUACAUUUUGUUCAUAGACAACCGAUCUGUUCAAUAAAGGGCGAUGUCGUUUACAUCGAAUGCCGGAUUGGAUGAGUUCGAAAUUUUGUGUAUUUUCAUGCCAUGCCACAAGGUGAUAUCUUUUGUUUGUUUUAUGUGUACAACUCAAUGCUCAUCUCUCUCUGGUUGAUGUAACCAUUCGAAGCAGAUCAAGAUUUUCAACUUUCCUGGCCCCUUCUUUCUUGCUCCUACUUAAUUGAUUAUAUAAUGUGUUUCCACUGAUCACAGCUGCUUCAGUUUACCUCAUAAUUCUUUGAGAUUGAGAUUAGCUUAAACUAAAUGCAGUUGCAUCAUUAUCAUUGUCCACCAACGUAUUAGAAAGACCUUUAAAUUCAAGAAUUUGUUUUAACACUUGAGGUGUUAGCUAGAGCACGAGUUAUAGUAUCGGUGGCGGAACUACGUAUUGUUUUCCAGGGCAUAUAGUUGUCUUAAUAUUUGGUCUGAAGGUUAUAGUUUGUAUGUAUUCGUAUGUUGAGAAAACAGUGUGGAGUGGUGAGAUGAUGAGGGGUUAUUACCGGCCUUCCAAGACCUAUGUUCCAUUCCAUAAAGUUGUUGCUAAAAUUGUUUUUAGCACUCUUGUCACUCUAAAUCCUGGCUUCGCCAUUGCACAAUACGAAGUAAAGUACGAGUACGUAUUUGUCAUUGAGUCAUGCAUGAGUCACUAUUACUUGUCCGAGAAGUAAGGAGUUUUCCCAAUUAUAUAAUGAUCAAAUUGCUUUGUUGGGUGAUUUUAGAACAAGCAUAUAUAGCUCCAUAUGUAAAGUCAACUACUGAUAAUUGUAUAUGGAUUCUUCAAUUAUGUCAUUGGAAUGAAUCUGUUUGCAAAGAAAGAUUGCAACUUUUUACUUGGCCUUUAGGUGAUUAUGUUAAUUAAUAAAAAAAAGCAUGCGCAAAAUCUCUCUUUUAAUUGUAGUGAUGGACCUUUAAUUGUGUUCAAAACUCAAUCCCAACUUCCAUUUGCUAGCCCUAGUAGUAAAUGGAUUUGCAAUUGAGUGGGUAUAAGCCUAUCAUCAUGAAAUUAAAUGGCCAAGUCAAAAAAGCCUCCCCUUUUGUGCUAGAAAUGCCAAUUAUUCCAUCUCAUUGUGCUACAAAUAGAGAGAGGAGAAUGAACGUUUCUAGGUUUACUUUGUUUGAAAGCAAUUUGGAGUGCUUGAUGGGAUUAAUGGCAAGAAAAAAUGAGAAAAGGUAGCUAGGUGCUAGAUAAAUCAAGUCAAACACCACUUGUAACUUAUAAGUACAUCUAGGAUAUCAUAUAAAAUCAGUUAAAGAUAUUGAAAGAUUUAGGAAUUUUAGCAAAUGCCAGGUAAAGAUAGAGUUAAUUAUCUUUCUUCCAAUGAAAAAUAACCUUACGAUAAAUAUUGAUUCGGACGAACUCAAAAUUUUGAAAUGUAGCUGCUAUCAAGGAGUAAGCAGCCGCAACUAGCAUAGACAUAGCCAAGCGUGACUGUAUGACUGAUGACAGGUUGUGUUGGUUGGGACAUAGCAUCAGAAUCAGUAUAUAGAACUACUUGUUUCAACGCGGUUUCACAAUCCAAUUAGAGAUCAUGGAAUAGUAGUUUCACCAGCUAAGUUCAUGGUGUGAUUUCCAUAUCCUAAAUUAACCAUUGAAGUCCAUAAAUCGACUCGCCUCCCCUUUACAGUGCAUUAGUGCCAUCAAGCAAGGUUGAAUAUGAGGCAUGAUAUAAGCAGAGUCAUCAAUAUUAAGAUUAAUCCGUUCUUUAGAGCAUUUCGUUGUUCAUUCUUUAGAGGGAGCCUCUUAAUGAAUACAUACACUUCAACCAAUUAAUAUUUCAAACAAAACAUGACUCCUUCCACUAAUUACAUAUCAAUUUGUUUUGCUUAAAUUGCAACAAAUGGUAAUUUGACUCAUACUCUUUGAUUUUUCAACACUUAAAGAGUAGAUGAGCUGGUAUGAUUUGUAUGAUAAUGAGAUUCCCCUCAUUUGUUGGAUGAAUUUAGGGAGAGGUGUUGUAGAUUUAUUCAGAAGCUAAUAGGACAAUAAGAGAGGGAAAAUAAAAUUUUCAUAUUGGUGGGAUUUGCUACCAAAUCAUAUCUACAAAUCCCUCAUUUUGCUCCUCUAGCCUUUUGUCUUUACCAACUAAUUUAAAAGUUCUACUCUAUCGCUUUCCAAUUGGAUUAAUAUAUAAGAGAAUUAUAU